AAUCGAGACGCUUCGGGUGCCCUGAAAAUGCCCUUUGCGACCACUGAGGCCCUCUCGAUACAGGCAAGGACGAGGGUAGUUUCGGAAUUUCAUGAACUCACGAGGGUAGAUACGGCAUAGACUCAUCCAUAAAUACGUGGUGUGUGUGAAGGACUUCCUCUCAGUUCAUAUCCAAACAGCGCAGAAGACGAAGACGAAGAAGAGGAAGAGGAGGUGAAGAGGGAGAGAGAGAGAGAUAGAGAUAAAGGGAGAGGGGAAUCAGAAGAGGGGAGGUCCAGAGAUCCGCCUAUAACAUCCGCAGAUCUGACGGCUGUCGCUCAGCGAUUCAGUUCACGAAUCGGCGCCGGUUUUGUCAGUGCCGCCGGCGGUGAUUUCAAGGCUAGAAGAAGAAGAGGAGGAAGGGGAAGAAGAAUCAGGAUUUGAAGAUUUGUGCGAGGAUUUGUUGUGUAAAUCGUGGAAGGUUUUCGAUCGCUGCGAUUUGGUAAAAGAACAGGAAUCUGCUGUGUUGAAAGCUACAAUGUGAAGAAGUUUUUGCAGGCCUUCAAAACUGGUUAACACUAUCUGCCCCAAGGUGAGGUGGCACUUGAAUCCUGCUGACUGUCUGCAAAGAAUCUAUACACUUUCUCAAACGAGCACAAUUGAGGGGUCUGAAUCAAAAAGGUUAGCCCUUGAUUCUGGAGUUAAGCAGAGAGCACAUAGCAAAGGCAUCCUGCAAAACUUGUGGUGGCAUACCAUUAGUUAAUGGGAUAGGAUCCCCAUCUGCAAGCAUGAUGGGUACUGUGGGCCUAGAACUUACGAAUUUUAUAAAUCCUGAAUUGACUUGGAAGACGGUGGCAAAAGGAAACAGGAGUGCAUCGAGGCGCUCUAGGAAGCCAGCCUCUAGAAACUCAAAAAUGGGUGCUGGCCAGGCUGAUAAGAGCCCCAAGAAAACAGAGAAUGGCUCAGUUUCCGAAUCUGAGAAGCUUGGUGUUGCUGUUCUUGGGAGACGCUUCAGUGAUAAAGUAGAGCCUGUACCGAUUAAGAAAAGGAGAUUUAUGUUUCAGUCUCCAUCACCACCCCCACGAACCCCUUCUCCUCCCCAUGAGGAUUCUGAGCAGCUUGUAGAUAGUCAGCAUUCUUCAAGUCAGCAGUCUAGUUCAAAUUCAAUUUCCAAGCAACAAAUCAUGGCAACUCAUGCUUCUAAGUUCAUUCACAGUGUAGAUGUAGUUGUUGAUGGAAGGAUUUCAGAGGUGACAAAUGAAGAGAUUGGCGAUGGUGAGGACUUUUCAGGCAUUGAGAUGCUUGCAGCAGCUGCUUGCAAUAACAGCAUGGGUGAUGAUGUGACGGAAUCAACUACAGAGGAUGGUCCAGUUUUGACAUGUGAAGGAAACAACUCAUCUAUUUCUGCAAUGCCUAUAAAAGAAACUGUUGCAUCCCCUGCAACAGCCAAUACCUUCCAAAAAGAUGUGGCAAUAGAAGAUGAUAUAGAGGGCUCAUUUUCUCAAGAUAAUUCAGUGGCUGUCUUGCAGAACCUUCAUAGUGACAAGGAUGAUGGGGCAUUGAAAAGGUCUGCUUCUUCACGAGAUGAUAGGUUACACUGGGACUUGAAUGUUGUGAUGGAUGCAUGGGAACAACCUGAUGAUUAUCAAGUUGUUGAUUCUCAGACAAACAUUUCAGCAGUCUCUGAGGAUGGAAAGCAGCAGAGUGAGAAGCUGGAUAAUUUGGAAGAUUGCCAGAUACCGAACUCUGGAGAUAUUAAAACAAACAUUGAAACUACAGCGAAAUCUAUGACUGACACUGUGGUUUUAGGUGAUGUAGAAGGCGAUAUCAACAUGGCCUCAGACUCGAGAUGUGAGGGUCUUAGGACUUGUGAUUCUAACACAGAAGAACAUAAGUUGGAAGCAUGCUCCACAGCUAACACAACCUGCUCCCAUGAAAAAGGUAUUCCUACUCCAACUGAACAUGCUCUGGAGUCCACAGUAGUUGCUGUUUCUGAUGCUAAAGCUUCUGAGGAAGUGAUAAUGGAUGCAUGCCUCAUGCAACCUGCCAGCCCCAGAUCAUGUCAUAUUGGAAAUGCACAGAUAUCUGAUGAAAACAGGAAUACAGAAAUUAGCGGUGUUAUUGUGGAUCAGAGCAGAGAAGAUUGUACUUCUGAUGUGCAAUUGUAUAAACCUGUUUGUUUAGAAAGUGUUGAGGUGGAGAAGAAUGAAGUUGGGUUUUCUCCUCCACCAGUCACCAAGACAAACUGUGAAAUUGACUGUCUUACGAAUAAAGAUGAUGAUAAUUCCAGACAAAUAUCUUCUGGAGAGAUGAUGAGCACUGACAUCUGUUCACUAGGACCUGAACAUGCUGAGGUUCCUACUAAUGAAUCAGGUGAAGUACAUGUUACCCAUUCUUCACCCAGGUGUGAUGAUGUGUCUGCGUCUGGUGCAUCUGCUAUAGAAGGCCAAUCUGUGGUAACUGUGGGUGUAAAGGAACACAAUGACCAAGUUUCUGCAGAUGAUGCUACUGAAGUUGAUCCUUCAGUGCAUGUUGGGGCUAGAGAACUUGUAAACAAGUCUUCUGAGCAUUCAACUAUCUCAGGAGAACGAUCUGAAUUCAUCCCUGAUGAGGUAGGCAAGAAUUGUGAUGAUGAUCCUGCUAAUUGCUCUGGCAAGGUUGAUUUGGAAGAUCCUUUUGAUGAUAGCUAUGACACUGAUGUUUCUCAGGAUGAUCGUGGUCAUCCUGGCAUGGAGAAUGUGACUGAACUCGAUGCUGGUUAUGACUCUCAGAUUGAAGAUGGGGAGUUGAGAGAGUCAGUUGUCCAUGCUUGGGAGGAAAAUGAUGCUGAGGAUGGGGAAGCUGAACGUGUGGACUAUGAAUCAGAUAACCGAGAUAUGUAUGACUUUGAUGCUGUUGACUACCCUGGCCCCAUGACGGGGGAAGUUGAAGUGGGAUCAGAAUGUGAGAAAGAGAGACUUCUUGGGCCAAAUCAUCAUUUUGGUUGUGGCGAAACUACUAUCGACAAUGGUGUGAAAGGAAUCAGUGAUCAAUCUUGCUUAGGUGGUUCUCUGGCAAAUGAAGCAGAAUUCAGUAAUGGAGGGUUAGUGAAAACUUCAAAACCACAAUCAUGGACACAGUUUACUAGGAAAGUUGACACAAAUAUUAAAAGAGGAUCGAGUACUGGUACUAAUGAUGUGGCUGAAGAAGCUGAACAGCCUGCUGGAGGAGGAGGUGCUUUGAAGGAACAAAGCCAGACAAAUGUUGCUCAAUAUGAUCAGUUGCCGAACGAUCGUGAAAUUUCUACUGAUAAGAAUGUGGAAGUGAAUGAUGGCAGAGCAAUUGGACCAAGGUCAACAAGGAGGGAGUUGCUGUCACGCAUUGAAGGACCAUCGUACGAUAUCUUACACAGGAAGGAUGCUGUAAUUUUGCAGCGUAGCAGAUCCAACAACCUCGAUGAUUCAGAUCCUCGAGCUGAAAGGGGAACAGAUUCUGACAAAUCCAUGGGAAGGAGCAGAUCUGCUUUGCAUAUUCACGGAAGAGGCCAGAGAGAUGGUAACUGGGAUCAACCUUCAACAGGUUAUUGGGAUUCGAAACGCCGUCAUUCACCUAGUUAUCAUGCCCCCUAUGGCUCAGGGCGCCCCAGACCAAGAAGCAUUGUUGAGACUGGUGGAUUUGUCAUGACCUCAGACAGGACAAUUUCAAAAGCAGGAGUUGGUGGACUUAAUGGCAUUCACAGGCAAUCGAUGAAUUCUUCCUCAAAAGGUGUGUAUCGCCCCCUAAUAAGGAGGAGAUCACCAUCUGACAGAGAUGAUGCUUAUGGGAUGCAUAUGGGAAUGGCACCUGGCAGAGAUGUUAGCCCUGAGAGAAGUAGGGGCAGAUCUAGAAGAUACCAAGGAGUUCAUAGAGGCCCUAGGGAGAACUAUCAUGGGUCCAUUCCCGAUGAAACUGAUGAAUUUCCUCUUCGUGUGCCUCAUCAUUUAGCAAGGAGAGAACGAAGCAUUUCUCCCAUUUUUAAUAGAGGGGCUCCUCAUUUUUCUGAAACCCACAAGAUAUCUCAGUCAAGAUCCAGAUCCCGUUCCCCUCCUGCUUGGCUGAUGUCAAGGGAACGGAAUGCUAGCUCAAGACACUUCAGUAGAUCUCCAGAUUUCAGGUCUGGGGCUCGAAUGGAGAGAAUGAGGUUGCCCUUUCAGAAGCCCAAUUUUGCAGAUGAUUAUGAAGAAGGUUUUCUGUCUCCACCAAGAGGUCGCAUCUCCCCACAGCAUAAUUCCAGAUGGAUUGAUGAUCGAAAUGGUGCAAUGGAUCAUUUCAGAGAUGGGAGAUCUCCAGUGAGAAUGUUCCAGCAGAGCCAACGUUUUGAUUCUAUGGGUCCCCCACGAAGAUUAAAGUCAAAUGAUUACUAUAGACCCAUGAUCCAUCCUGGAAGAUUACCUGAGAUGGUUGGUGCUGGUAGGGGACGUAAACAUGAUGACAGUGAUGAUGAUAGAAGAAAACAUGGUGAUAGAUAUGAGAUGAUUCGUCCAGUGCGGCGUUAUGAUACAGGUGGUGUUGUGAAGCGCUUCCGGUAUGAUACAGAAGAUUGCGUUUUGUCACGCAACCCUCAUAACAAUGAUGACUGCAUUAGGGGUACUGACAGAAGGCCUAGGGAUAUUCCAAGAAGACCAAGUGAAGAGAAACGUCAUUUAAGAUAUAAUCAUGAGAGGCUAUAUAAUUCGAGCCCCAAUUCAUUUGGAAUGCGAGAAUAUGAUGAGGAUGUAUCACCCAGAAGGGGAAGACCUGCAUGAACUUUCUGUCCAUGACUUUUUUCCCUCAUUGGGUGGGACUUGCCUGUAGCUAGGAGAUGUUACUCCUCUUAACCAUUUUCUCUCUUUUUUAUAGGGUAGUAUCUCUAUUCUGCCGUUCUUCUUGCUUGCAAUGCUUGUGGAAUCUAUUCUCACCAUUUUGAUUUUCCUUGGCAAGAUUUUUAUCCAGCCUGCUGUUGCUCCUAAUUCUUUAAUUAUGUUUUUUUCCUGAUGGUAUUUUUCUUCUGGCCACUUGUGGCUGUUGUAACCUCUUUAUGAGGCCAUAAUGAUAGAAUGACCAAUGAAAAUUCGAUGUGUUUUGACA